UUUGGUUGAAAACAGAAAGAGUCCAAUCAAGAUACAACUAUUUCAUCCAUGAAUGCUCAAUUUGUUGAAGGAGAAUCAGCUACUUCUUCCCAAAUUCAAUGGAGCUACGAUGUAUUUCUCAGUUUCAGAGGCGAAGAUACCCGAAACACCUUCACGGGUCAUCUUUAUACCAGAUUGUGCCAAGUCGGAGUUACUACCUUCAUAGAUGAUGAGGAAUUGAGAAAGGGAGACCUCAUUUCAACUAAACUUGACAAAGCAAUUGAACAAUCUAGGGUUGCCAUUGUUGUUUUCUCCAAAAAUUACGCUUCGUCUAGUUGGUGUCUCGAUGAACUUGUCAAAAUUCUCGAUUGCAGAGAGAGGUUAAAUCAGGUAGUUUUGCCUAUUUUCUAUGAUGUUGAUCCAUCUCAAGUGCGAAGGCAAACUGAGUCAUUUGGCGAAGCUUUGGUAAAACACAAGGAACGAUCAAUUGGAGCUGAAAGAAUGGAAAAGUGGAAAGCUGCACUGACUGAAGCUGCAAAUUUAUCUGGAUGGGAUUUGCGAAAUGUUGCUGACGGGCAUGAAUCAAAGUUUAUUGGACGUAUUAUAAAACAAGUUCUGCAAGAGGUCAACCAGACACCUUUAGAUGUUGCUCAUUACCCCAUUGGAUUAGAUUCUCGCAUCAAACAUAUAGAGUUGUUACUGCAAAGUGGAUGUGAGCAUGAAGUUUGCAUGGUUGGUAUAUGUGGCGUUGGCGGAAUUGGAAAAACAACUCUGGCAAAGGGUAUCUACAAUCGAAUAUUUCUACAGUUUGGUGGUAGUUGCUUCCUUUCAGAUGUUAGAUCAAAAGUUGAAGAAUUGGGUCUAGUCAAGCUACAAGAGAAACUACUUCAUCAAAUACUCAAAACUAAGGACUUUGAAGUUGACAGUGUAGCUGAAGGUGUCAAUCUCAUCAAAGCAAGACUUGGGUCAAAGAAGGUUCUAAUUGUUCUUGAUGACAUAGAUCAUAGAAGCCAAUUAGAAUCCUUAACAAGAGAAACAAGUUGGUUUGGCUCUGGUAGUGUAAUAAUUAUUACAACCCGAGACAAGCAUUUGCUAUAUGGGCUUACAACAAGUGAGAUAUACCAGGCCAAACUUUUAAAUGAAAAUGAAGCUCAACAACUUUUUGCUUGUCAUGCUUUUAACAGUCUUUCUCCACCACAAGAAUAUGUUGAGCUGGUACAAGACAUAAUAAAAUAUUCAGGUGGGCUACCAUUAGCUCUUGUGACAUUGGGGUCACAUUUGCAAGGGAGAUCCGUAGAAGAAUGGAGAUACGAGUUCAAAAAACUAAGAGCAAUUCCUCAUUGUGAUAUUCAAAAGAUUCUCCAGAUAAGCUUUGAUGGACUUGAUGACAAUACUCAGAGUGUUUUCCUUGAUAUCGCAUGCGCCUUCCAUGGAUGUUAUGAGGAUGAAGUUACCAAAACAUUAAAUGCGUGUGGUUUUUAUUCUGAAAGUGCAAUUUCAACCUUAGUCCAAAGGAACUUGCUCCAAAGGGAUUGGUCUAAUUUGGUGAUGCAUGAUCUUGUGCGGGAUAUGGGAAGAGAAAUCGUUCGCAGGGAAUCACCUCGAGACUCUGGAAAACGGAGUAGAUUGUUCAACCCUCAAGAAGUCCGUGACGUUCUACAAGGAAAUAAAGGUUCCGAAAAUGUAGAAGUACUGGUGGUAGAUAGACGGGCAUUAAAGGGUGUGAAGGUGAGCACCAAAGCAUUUCAGAAAAUGAUAAAUCUUAGGGUGCUUAAAAUCGACGACUUACAUAUUAGUGGAGAUGUUGAGCUUUUGUCUAAGGAGCUCAGAUGGUUGUCUUGGGAGGGAUGUCCUUUAAAAUGUAUACCAUCAAAUUUUCCAGCUGAGAAACUUGUUGUUCUGAAUAUGAAAGAGAGCAAUAUCCAAGAAUUUGAUUUGAAUUUGCAGUAUUGUACAAGUUUGAAGAAGCUGGAUCUAUCUGAUUGCAAGCGCCUCAGAAGUACUCCAAACUUCAAGGGUUCACGAAGUCUCAGGACUUUGAUGCUUCAGAAUUGUUCAAGUCUGAAGGAGAUCCAUCCAUCAAUAGGAAAUUUGGACAGGCUAACUGAUCUGCGCUUGUAUGGUUGCGAAAAAAUUACAGAUCUUCCAAGCAGCAUAUGGCAGCUAAAAUCACUGGAAUACUUGAACAUUAGUUGCUGCUUCUCUUUACAAACAUUGCCAGUUGCCAUUGGAGAAAUGCAAAGCCUAAGACAUCUUCUUGCAUCUGAUACGGGUAUAAAAGAACUACCUGGAUCUGUUAAAAUGCUAAGAAAUCUUAUACAUUUUGAAGUGGGAAGGAGUUUUUCUCGAAAAAGAGUUUGCCGCAUAGAAUACUUGUCAAAUUUUAUUUUUAUUUUACGCCUUCCAUAUUGUGGUUUCUCUGAGGCUGAUAUUCCUAGGGAUAUUGGGAGUUUAUCCAACUUAACUAUCUUAGAUUUGAGCGGCUACGGUUUCCUCUAUCUGCCCUUUGAUUUUUCGGAGUUACCAUUGUUGAUGUCCCUGUAUUUGAAUGAUUGUGAGAAUCUUGAAACACUCCCGUCAGUAUCAAAUUUAGAGAAACUUGAAAUUCUUGAACUGAGGAAUUGCAAAAAGUUGGUCAAAUUACAGGAUUGGACAAACUCCCUUCUACGAAGCGGAUCGACAUGAUUAAUUGUACUUCUCUGGAGAAUCCAUUCAAUGAAGGCUUCUUUUGUGCCCUUGCUCUAUCAAUUCCAUCUAGAAAAUAUACAGAGCGUCAGGGGUUUCAAAUUGAUCUCCAAAGCAAUGAGAUUCCAGAUUGGUGCAGCAAUAAAGUAAUAGCUCCAUCUAUCUGUUUCACUAUGCCCACAAUACAUAAUAAUUUCUUAGGAAUGGUUCUCUGGUUUGUUUGCGACUUUAAGGAUUUAUCCCAUUUUGGACACUUCCUUGUUACUGUUGCCCAUAAAAAGCCUAGACUUAUUAAGUGGUUUAGGCAUAGGAAAAUACCUGAAUCACACGGAGAAAUAUCAAGUGUAUUUUACAUAUCUUGCUCAACUAGUCCUUUUGAUGGCCUGAUGCUCAAAGGUGGGGAAGAGAUAACAGUCAAGGAGGGCCUUUACCAAGGUAUAGUAAAGAAGAUAGGUAUCCAUCUGUUAUACUUAGACCAACAUGGUAACGUUACAUCUUUGCCGGCAAAAAAAGAAAAGAAAAGAAGACAAACAGAAAAAGAAAAAGAAGAAGGAUCAUCUUUGGUGGCAGUCGUGGACGACUAUUCUUAUUCCCUGUUUCCAGAAAAACUUCAGCAGGGCAUAAAAGAGCAAAGUUCUGAGUCAAGAUAGUUUUCCUUUGGAUAAAGCUUGGGGAUGAGUGAUGACUGAUAGCUCAAGUCUGACGGAGAUCCAUCAAUCAAUAGGAAAUUUGUACAGACGUUUGGGUAGUUGCAGAAUAUUUACAGAUCUUCCUAGCAGCAUAUGCUGGGCUAAAAUUACUCGAACAUUUCUAGGUGCUCAUCUAUACAAGCAUUGCCAGUUGACCUUGGAGAUAUGCAAAGUCUAAAAGGACUUCAUGCAUUUGAUGUGGGUAUAAAACAAUGGCCAAAAGGAGAUUUUUUUCAAAGAAGAGUACGUCACGUACAAUCCUUGUCAUCGACUUCUGUUUCGUGUUGGUCUGAGACUGAUUUUCCUAGGUUUAUUGGGAGUUCAUACAGCUUAGAAGUUUAAGAUUUGAGUGGUAACUAUUUCCAUUGUCUACUGUUUUGUUUUUCUAAGUUACGAUUCUUGAUGUUCUUGCUUUUGAAUGACAGUGAGAAUCUUCAAACACUUCCAUCAGUUGCUUCUGUAGAAACUUUUGUUUGAUUUAUGUAAUCAUCUUUUUCCAUUGUAUAGUGCUAGUUUCUUGAGCUGCACUAAAACUUAGCUAAAAGAAUUGAAUAUGCAUAGUGAA